ACUUGGCCCUUGACCUGAACAUGUGCCCUGACUUGGAAUUGAAUCAGUGACCCUUUGGUUCACAGGCCUGCAUUCAAUUCACUGAGCCACAGGAGCCAGGGACAGUGUGAGCUACUCUUUACCUCCAUUUCUUUAGUGAAGAGAAAUUAGAUCACAUUAGAUUUUAAUUAAGAGGGACUAUAAAAUAAAGGUCAGCUCCUUCUGUAGCUCUGCAAGUAAUUUUAAAGCUAGUGUAAGAAAAACAAAGACAUAUUGAAGAAAGGGAACAAAAGUUGCAAGUAAUAAGUAAGUGAAAGAAUACGAAUUUUGAACAGUAAGAAAUUAAAGGCUCUGAAAAUUGUUUUUAUCCUCGAGUUGCUUUAUACAUGUCCGAAUGCAGUUAGUAUUCAGUGAGUGUCUGCUUUGCCGGCCAAAGAUGAGGAGGACAUAGUGUCCCUACUUAAGAAGGGACACAGUGACAUGACACAAGAAGCAGUAAUAUUUAUAGGGAAGUUAUACAAGCUUUUAUAAAAGCACAGAGGAGAGACAACUUGAAUGCUUCUUCCUGGAUUAUAGAGUGGUGACUCAAUUUAGGCAAUGUAAGUAGGUUCUGAAGAAAUCUGUAGAAGAAGGUGUGAAACAAGUUUUUGUCAGUUUUUGGAAAAGGAAAAGCUAUUAUCUGGUGUCUCGGAAGUCACCACCACGUUCCCUGUGCUUCCUGACAUUGCAUGGGGAUAGUUUCAGGGGGGAAAGGCCUAGUACAGAGCUAAAUACAGCACAACAAGGUGCACGGAGUUCAGUGCUAGGAACAUUCUUUUUGCAACUGUUGAACAUUUUACUUUCUCCCAUGAAGCGGUGAAAAAACCUUAACAACAUGAACAAUUCUGCAUAUCAAUGUUUUAUUUGACAAAACAUAGGAAAAAUGAAAUAUGUGAAUGAGCCACUAAAGAAGAAAUUUAUAAAUACAUACACAUACAAAUUAGGUGCAGAUAUAUGAGUCUAUUGGAGGCCAGGCGGUGGCGCUGCAGGCUAAAGAGACGGAAUAAAGAAUUGAAUUGAGAGUGCUGCAGAGGUCACUAACAGAAAAAUGAAGAACGAGGCAGGCUGGCUGAGGGAAAAGCCAUAGCUGCUCAAGAUCGCAGAAAACCCCAGACCCCUGCUUCUACAGGGGGUAGGUCUGGGGUUGCAACUGCUCCUUCCUUGUGCUGGGAGCUGUGACUGGGACUAAUAUUGACAAAAGAUGUGUUCAGAAGAAGCUAUGGAGGCUGGAGGGUUGCGCUGCCCAAGACAAAGGCAAGUCCUGUUUAUCUUUCUGUUUUGGGGAGGAUCUUUUGCAGGAUCUGGGUUCGGACGAUAUUCAGUGACAGAGGAAACAGAGAGAGGAUCUUUUGUGGCCAAUUUGGUAACAGACCUGGGACUAGGGGACCGGGAGCUGGUUGCAAGGGGAGCACGGGUGGUCUUUGAUGAUAAUAAACAACACUUGCUCCUGGACUCGCAUACUGGGGAUUUGCUCACAAAUGAGAAACUGGACCGGGAGAAGCUGUGUGGCUCCACAGAGCCCUGCGUGCUGUAUUUCCAAAUUUUAGUGGAUAACCCUUUUCAGAUUUACCAGGCUGAGCUGACGGUCAGCGACAUAAAUGAUCAUUCACCAGUGUUUCAAAACAAAGAAACAGUCUUAAAAAUCAUAGAAAAUACAGCUGAAGGAACAACAUUUCGGCUAGAAAGAGCGCAGGAUUCAGAUGGAGGACUUAACGGUAUCCAAAACUAUACCAUCAACGCCAACUCUUUUUUCCAUAUUAAAAUUAAUGACAGUGAUGCAGACAUGAUAUAUCCAGAGCUAGUCUUGGACAAGGCGCUGGACAGGGAAAAGCAGCAAGAGCUGAGUUUAACACUCACUGCACUUGAUGGUGGGUCCCCACCCAGGUCUGGGACCUCCACUAUACGCAUUGUGAUCCUGGAUGUCAAUGACAAUGCCCCACAGUUUUCUCAGGCCGUCUACCAGACCCAGGUUCUAGAGAACAGCCCUGUAGGUUCCAUUAUUGCUAAAGUUUCUGCAGGAGAUAUAGACUCUGGAGUCUAUGCAGAUAUAUCUUACUCAUUUUUUGAUGCUUCUGAAGAUAUUCGAACAACCUUCCAAAUCAAUCCUUUUUCCGGGGAAAUCGUUCUCAGAGUGCUGCUUGAUUACGAGCUAGUAAAGUCUUACAAAAUCAGUAUCCAGGCAAUCGAUGGUGGGGGCCUUUUUGCAAGAUGUACGGUUUUGGUUGAGGUUCUAGACGCCAAUGACAAUCCCCCUGAACUGAUCAUGUCAUCACUUUCCAACCAUGUUCCUGAGAACUCUCCUGAGACCAUAUUGGCUGUUUUUAGGAUUAAGGACAGAGAUUCUGGAGAAAAUGGAAAAAUGAUUUGUUACAUUCAAGAUAAUCUGCCAUUCCUUCUGAGACCCUCUGUGGAGAAUUUUUACAUUCUAAUGACAGAAGGAGCGCUGGACAGAGAAAGCCAAGCAGAGUACAACAUCACCAUCACCGUCACCGACCUGGGGACACCUAGACUGAAAACCCAGCACAACAUAACCGUGCUGGUCUCCGACGUCAACGACAACGCCCCCGCCUUCACCCAAACCUCCUACACCCUCUUCAUCCGCGAGAACAACAGCCCCGCCCUGCACAUGGGCAGCGUCAGCGCCACAGACACAGACGCGGGCGCCAACGCCCAGGUCACCUACUCGCUGCUGCAGCCCCAGGACCCCAGCCUGCCCCUCCACUCGCUGGUGUCCAUCAACGCGGACAACGGCCACCUGUUCGCCCUGAGGGCGCUGGACUUCGAGGCCCUGCAGGCGUUCGAGUUCCUGGUGGGCGCCACGGACCGCGGGGCCCCGGCGCUGAGCAGCCAGGCGCUGGUGCGCGUGCAGGUGCUGGACGCCAACGACAACGCGCCCUUCGUGCUCUACCCGCUGCAGAACGGCUCUGCGCCCUGCACCGAGCUGGUGCCCAGGGCGGCCGAGCCCGGCUACCUGGUGAGCAAGGUGGUGGCGGUGGACGGCGACUCGGGCCAGAACGCCUGGCUGUCCUACCAGCUGCUCAAGGCCACGGAGCCCGGGCUGUUCGGCGUGUGGGCGCACAACGGCGAGGUGCGCACGGCGCGGCUGCUGAGCGAGCGCGACGCGGCCAAGCACAGGCUGCUGCUGCUGGUGAAGGACAACGGCGAGCCGCCGCUGUCGGCCAGCGUCACGCUGCACGUGCUGCUGGUGGACGGCUUCUCGCAGGCCUACCUGCCGCUGCCCGAAGCGGCGGCGGGCGCCGCGGCCCAGAGCGACCCGCUCACGGUCUACCUGGUCAUCGCGCUGGCGUCGGUGUCGUCGCUCUUCCUGUUCUCGGUGCUGGCGUUCAUCGCGGUGCGGCUGUGCAGGAGGGGCAGGGCGGGCUUGGUGGGUGGCUGCUCGGUGCCCGAGGGCCACUUCCCGGGCCACCUGGUGGACGUCAGCGGUACAGGGACCCUGUCCCAGAGCUACCAGUACGAGGUGUGUCUGAAGGGAGGCUCAGGGACCAGCGAGUUCAAGUUUCUGAAGCCAAUUCUCCCCAAUAUUCAGGAACAGGGCUUUGAGAGGAAUAGUGAAGAAACCCCUGCCUUUCGAAAUAGCUUUGGAUUUAAUUUUUAGUAGUUUUAAAAAUAUUUUCUCGUACUUUUGAGGUGUUUUGCAACCAUAUAAAUAUUGGUUUACUUUUGAAACUCCAUAUUAAAUUAUUAUGUCUAAUUUUAAAGUACUAUAUAUCUAUGUUUUUGUACUGUUAUUUCAUAAUUUUUGCAUUAAUCAACAUUUCACUCAGUUAGUAUCCAUUUCUAAAUAAUCGUUUUAAGGUUUAAUUUUUUUCUAAUGAUUUAGUUAUUUUUUUUUUUUAUUCUAGAGAACUGAGGGUCUCGUUUUUCUGGUAGCACAUUUCACAGACUGUGUCUAUUAUUCUAACUACCCUUCUGUUGUUCUUCCUCCAUGUAAGGAAACACACAUGCAGUUCUGACCUUAUUCCAACAUCCUGUUUAGUCAUGUUAGACGUUCAUGUCUUCUACUUUUAAAUCAUAGCCCUUGAAAGGAAAUAUUUCUCUAUUAUCCUGCUCAUGAUAAAAUAAAACAUCAUUUUGUGAGUGAUAGUGGGCCCCAAUAACAUUCUUGUUUAUAUUAUUGUUCUUUUACAUAUAUUACUUUUACUCAGUAUUUUCUAAUGUUCACUUUUACUGAUAUGUGAAACAGAACAUGUCUUAUAAUUAAAACAAAGUGUAAUAACCUGCAUGAAAAUAUUAUAAAUGAAUCAUUUUGGAAGUUUGAAUGUGAGACUAUUGGUGAACUGAUGGAAAGAUAUCUUUCCUUUCACUUGUUUUGUAAAUGUAUUUAAUUACUGCCAAAUUUAAAAAUCAAGGUGUACUAAAAUCACAAAGAAA